AUGGUGCUCAUGAAUUUCGAACUCUUGAAUCAAUGGUCGAUUUUGACUGGGAGACCAUGGCUUCAUAUUUCUUGGCGAAAAUUGGUCGUCUGGAUCGUUCGUCGUUGUGGAGAAGAACCUGCUAGAUGGCGGCGGCAGCACCGUCGAGAACGAUGGUGGGCGGUGGCGAGGUCGCGGACGGAAUUUUGUCGAUUUCUCGGAGGUGACGGCAAGACGGAAGAUGUUGUUAGCCGGUGUCCGUGGUGCACGCCGAUCGCCCGGCUGCUAACGGACGGGCCGGAUUCACCGGAGAUAGGCGCCGUCGGCGGGGAGAGGUGA